AUGACCUCUUUAAAUCUUAUCAAGACGUUUUAUGCUAACAUUUCGGUCGCUAUGAUACCUGACAAAUGUCCUGCAGAAAGCCUCAAUUAUUUUGGCCUACUAAUAAAACCCAGAUCCAAACCUGUGACCAACAACGACUGGUGGGAUAACAUGAUCCCCAUCAACUCAGAACCGAUGGAAAACUUACCUUUUCUCGAUGUCAUUAUAACACCUCAAGAGCGCCAGGCCGUUCAACUGCUCAUUCAGGACGAAAGAAGCCUUCAAGAUCCCGCAGGUCAUACCGGUAUGCAUCCACGGGUCAACGAGCUCCUUCCACUUUCGUCCAACUCGGGGACUUCUGCCCUUCUCCAAGAUAUUCAGCGAUUCGAAGACGAUGACGACGAAGAAGAACUUAAUGACGAAAGAAUACUUCCGCAGGGCAUCUCCAUGGACAGAUAUACUGAGUUUGGCACAGCAGAUGAUGUCAACUACCCGCAAAUGUAUACAGCAUUGUCGUACUCCAUGCUACGAGAAAGAAGCACAUCUUUAAUGACCCAAAACGCUCCCCAUCUCCAGCAUGCCCAGCGUACACAUCUGGCGUCCAUGUCGGAGUUGGACAAUGUAUAUCAGCGUGAGGCAGCUGGAAAGAGGCUGAGAGUGGAUGAAAUCAAUAACGACCGCAAAAGAAGACAGUUGGAGUUCGAGCCAGUGGCCAGUUAUCUUGAGCAGAGAUGGCAAGAUGGCAUUCGGCUGAUGACUGAUCUUGGAAUCCAGCGGGCACAAGAGUAA